AUGCAGGCCGAAGCCCGGAAACCCUUGAUAAUUCGAAGGAAACAACCCUCGGCUACCGAGUACAUGAGAACUUCAUCCCAAAUGGACGAUAGAGCAGAAGGUAGCAUGGCCAUGAAUGAAAUAAUGCUCUCAGACAGUCAGGGGAUUGAGAAGCCGGACGACGAAGCUAUUCUGCUCCUGCCCGAGCAGGAAUUUGUGCAAAGCAACGAAGAGGAGGGUCUGUACGAGGAAAUCAUCGACCCUGAACCUUCCACAAGUUCCGCUGGAAAUGUGCCGAGCGGCGUCGCAAAUGAUGUUGAAGCGUACCCGUGUAAAUAUUGCGAACACCGCCUUUUUCUUACUGGCGAAGGGUUGCUGAGGCAUGCGAAGGAGGUCCACCCUGAUCAUCUCGUUGAUAUUAUCUUUCACAUCGAAACAAUCGCUUCUGAAUGGCGGCGAAGAGAGCGAGAAUUGGAAAGAUAUCGCGAAAGAGCGAUGGUGGCCCGAUAUAGACAGGAAGAAGUGACGAGGGCUGCUUUGAGACAAGCGAAGCUUGGGCGGAUGACAGGGAGCACGAAGCCAAUAACCUUUUCAGCUGGCGAUAAAUUCGAAAGUUGCUGCAUGUGUGGCCUAUUGGUCAAUCAGAAGCAUCCAACGGCGAUGGAGAACCACAUGAGGGCGCAUAAAAAGAAUGACGAAUUGAGAAAACGAAUGGUCCGCGAGUAUGGCCCCGAGAUUGUGCAACGAUUGUCAUGCCCGGACUGUCGCCUAGUAUUCACCGACGAAUUCAAGCUUCGCCACCACACCGAAUCGAUGCAUUUGAAGAAGAGAAAAUACGUGUGCAAGUGGUGCGGACACAUUUGUCAGUCCGUUUCCGAGCUGAACACGCACAAAGCGGACAUGCAUGGGGUUAACUUAUUCCGCGGUAGUUCGACGAUGACAAAACCCUUGUUGCACAGUGCCGCCCCGCUUGGCUUGAGGAAUCCGGCGCUUAGCAUGCAAUAUUUUGGCACUGCGGGCGCGAGGCCGCCAACUUCUAUUUGCAAAACUGUCUGUCAAGUCUGCGGCCUCUCAAUGGUCCGCCCCUCUCUCCUCAUCAGACAUAUGCUGCGAGUUCACAAUAAAGCACAAUAUCAGGCAACGAUCCAAUUCCGAGACUCUAUCCCCUACAACGUCAAUGUCAAUGGCGGCCAAUUGACGUGGAUCUGCUGCCAACAGGAGUUCAACGACCGAGACGCGUUUUCAAUGCACCGCCGAGCUACACAUCCGCCAACAUUCGCCCCGAUGCCCAUCGAGCAGCCGGACGAGCAAGAGGCCGCAGGAUCGAAUAUGCACUACGAGCCGAACGACGGCACGGUUCAGGGCGAGCUUGUCCCUGGGCCCGAUGGCUCGAUGCAGGUGAUCGUCUCGGAUGCGAUGGACAUCAACCAGGUCUACACGCUGGUCAUGCUCGAUGAUGGUCAGGGGGCAGAUAGCGGCAAAAAGAAUGUGCUAUUGCGGACGGCCAAUAUGUACGAUGAAACUGAUGACGGGGUUGGGGAUGAUGCGAAUGAAUUCUUUGAAGCUGCUGAGCAGCACGAAGACGAUGGCCUGGUCAAAAACGAGCCGGGCUUAGAAGAGCUCGGCGAUGACGUGAUCACCUUCUCCGAAAUGGAAUGGAACGAGCUACAAGAGCAGUACGCCGGCAAUGUCCCGCCCUUGUUGAUCAAACGGGACAACGGGGACAUGAUACCGGCUCGAGUGGUCGUCGUCCGAACCGAGCCCAGA